UCCCCCAGAAGCCUGGAGAGCCCGCUCCCGCCUCCUUUCCUUCUUUCUGCCAAUCACAGGCUCCGAACGCUUGAUUGACGCACAGGCUCGACCAGCCGCCUUUCGCCCGAUGGCCUUGUCACGUGAGCCCUCGGUUCGACAGACAUGCCUGACUCCGCCUCUUUUUCCCUCCUCGGCAGGUCUUGUCGAUUUCUCCUGGCCGGGGUUUCGCCGCUUCCUCCUUCGCCCGCCAGCCGCGAGUCGGGCGUUGUGCGGCCUUUCCUUACCCCCCCAUCCAGAGAGAUGCCGAAUGCAGACGGUAAAAAACUGUUGCCUGUCUUUGCUCGUGAAGCCUGCCACUGUCUUCUCUCCGCUGAAAAAACAGGUCUAAGAAAAAUCACUUCCUUGGAUUAAAAAGAAUUUAACCUGCAGCUGCAGUGUUAUUUUUGUGUCUUGAGAAACAGCAGUUUUGUUCUAAAAAUUGCUUUAAAACUUGUCAAAUGACCUCAAUGGCCAGUCUGUUCUCUUUUACUAGCCCAGCUGUAAAGCGCUUGUUGGGCUGGAAACAAGGCGAUGAAGAAGAAAAAUGGGCAGAAAAAGCAGUCGAUGCUUUGGUAAAAAAACUAAAGAAGAAAAAAGGAGCCAUGGAGGAACUGGAAAAGGCACUAAGUAGUCCUGGACAGCCCAGCAAAUGUGUUACAAUUCCUCGUUCAUUAGAUGGGCGACUUCAGGUGUCACACCGCAAAGGCCUUCCCCACGUGAUUUACUGCCGUGUGUGGCGUUGGCCUGAUUUGCAGAGCCAUCAUGAGCUGAAGCCAUUGGACAUUUGUGAAUUUCCUUUUGGAUCUAAACAGAAAGAAGUUUGUAUCAAUCCAUACCAUUACAAAAGGGUGGAGAGCCCAGUUUUACCUCCAGUCUUGGUGCCAAGGCACAGUGAAUUUAACCCACAGCAUAGCCUUUUGGUUCAGUUUAGAAACUUAACUCACAAUGAACCACAUAUGCCACACAAUGCUACCUUUCCAGAUUCAUUCCAACAGCCUAACAGCACUCCGUUUCCCAUGUCUCCAAAUAGUCCAUACCCACCAUCUCCAGGCAGCAGCAGUACCUAUCCAAAUUCUCCAGCUAGUUCUGGACCAUCUAGUCCAUUUCAACUACCAGCCGAUACACCACCACCUGCAUAUAUGCCUCCUGAAGACCAAAUGGGUCAAGAUACUUCACAAUCUAUGGAUACAAGCAAUAGUAUAAUUCCUCAGAUAAUGCCCAAUAUUUCGAGCAGAGAUGUUCAUCCUGUGGCCUAUGAAGAACCAAAACACUGGUGUUCAAUAGUGUAUUAUGAACUAAACAAUCGUGUUGGGGAGGCUUUUCAUGCGUCUUCUACCAGUAUUUUAGUAGAUGGUUUUACAGAUCCUUCUAACAACAAAAACAGAUUCUGCUUAGGUUUGCUCUCCAAUGUUAAUCGUAACUCAACAAUUGAGAAUACUCGGAGACACAUUGGAAAAGGCGUUCAUCUGUAUUAUGUUGGUGGGGAAGUCUAUGCAGAAUGCCUGAGUGACAGCAGCAUAUUCGUACAAAGUAGGAAUUGUAAUUAUCAUCACGGAUUUCACCCUACAACUGUAUGCAAGAUUCCCAGUGGCUGUAGUCUUAAAAUUUUUAACAAUCAGGAAUUUGCUCAGCUUCUAGCUCAGUCAGUCAAUCAUGGAUUUGAGGCAGUAUAUGAGCUCACCAAAAUGUGCACAAUUCGAAUGAGUUUUGUAAAGGGAUGGGGAGCAGAAUACCAUCGACAAGAUGUUACAAGCACCCCGUGUUGGAUAGAAAUCCAUCUUCAUGGGCCUCUUCAGUGGCUGGAUAAAGUACUUACCCAAAUGGGCUCCCCACUUAAUCCUAUUUCUUCUGUUUCAUAGUGCCAAAGUCUUUCUUCAGCAACCACAAUUUUAGUGACCAUUUUCUAAUUUUCCAGAAGCUUCCAGUGUGGAUUCUGUAGGAAUACAUCAUAAGUUAGCUUUCUUCUACAAAUGACCAAUUCCAUUGUUUUAUCAUCAUUUUCCCUUUCAUUUUAAGACUGUUCAAUUUGGAGGAAAACUGAAAAAUGCAGAAACUGUUUUACCUGAGCUAUACAUAUUUGAACAACGUUUGAUUCCACUGGAAGUAUUUUAACAUGUUUUCUGAGGACACGUUCUUGAAUGACUUUACACAAUGAAUAACAACACUAUUUCAUUUGCUAAAUCGAUAUAGUUCCAAUUUACCAUAAGGUUUUAAUAUUACUAUAUGGUUGUGUGGAUGAUCUAAAUCCACAAAGAGCCAGCUUUAUUAUACCUAAGAUUGCCUUUAGCUUAAAUAUGACCUCAAUAUGUACAUGUUGACAAGCACCUGUUACAGAUAGUGAUAACAUAAUGCAUUAGACCAGGCUGUUUCUUUAAUCAGUAACAAAGUUACUUUCAUCACAGUUCAGUGUUGCCUUCAUAAUUUAGUCCUGUACUCGGAUCAAAGUCCGGGGAGAUUCAGAUGAAUGUGUGUAGGAUUGGUGCUUAACAGAUGUUUUAUCCAGGGUAUGCACCGUUUGAGGCAGUCUACAUUUAUUUGAAUGCAAAACACUAAAGUGCUGUGUAUCACAUUGCAAGAAUGUGCAUUGUUUUAUAUUUUAUUUUGCAUUUUUUAGAAAAUAGCUUGGAGGCUUCCUAAAAAAUUACAUUUGCUAAUUUUCAAUAUUAUUUUCCUUUAAAUAUUACUUCUGUUUUGGGAGAUUUAAAUUUUACCUAACAAGUGUUGUAAAACACUUGCUUUUUUAUUGCUGGGGAAGCUCAUUCUCAUAAUAAUGAUUUAUGAGAAUAUUGUCAUGUGGGUGACUAAAAGUUGUAUGAUGUAAAAUAAACUUUUUUUAUUGGCAAGGGCUACAUUCUUUCAGGAGUAAACUCAUGGAGGCUAUAUACACUGAUUGGUGUUUGACAUUUAACAUCUUUAUCUUUCCUUUCUUCCCUACCUGCCAAUGGGCUAAUAAUUCCUGCUAAAGGCUUAUAUCAAAUACAUGAAGCACAUUUUAAAAAUUAGGAUGUAUAUCUUUGGUAUAGUGUUCAUGAACCUUGAUCAUUCAUAACAUGCAAGAUCUCUUGUAUAAUUUAACAAAAACUGGCAAACUUACAUCUGGAUCAUAUUUAGAAUUGUUCAGAUUAAAGCAAUGGAAAGGCAUAACAAAUUACUGAUGAAUGGUUUGUCAUGGGAAUACAGGUGUUUAUUAAACGUUAUUUGUCUCCAUUCAGGAAUAUUUUGAUUCUUUGGACUAAAGAAACAAUAUAGUAGAAUCAACAACCAUUACAAGUUAAAGUAAAGUUUAAUUUAAAUUUAAAUGGAGAUGAAAUUUCCCUAAAUCUAUUUGUCUGAUGCUCAUCUAUUCAAUCAGUAAUUGGUUGAGGCUUUAAAUAUAUAAUCUUUCCUUGAGGCUUUAAAUAUAUAAUCUUUCCUUGAAAUUUCUUUUUUCAGUGGUAAAUUGUUGAAUGCUUUCACCACCACCACCCAAAAAAAAAUACACUGUUUUAAUUUUCUUCCUUGGACAUGUAAGGCAAUCUGUAUCAGGAGUAGCUCUUGGAUGUUUUUCUCCUUCAGUGCUAGCAAUUAAAAGGGAACUUCUCACAACAAAGUAUGAAAUAUUUCAUGGAUUCUAUCCAAGCUGUCUUAGCUCAAAAAGAGAAUCCCAGCCAGUGUGACUGCAAGGAGAGCCUUCUACACUCUAUAGGUGGUUGUAUCCUUCAGUCUUGAUGUUUAGCAUCCCAUGUAUUAGAAUAAUCAAGAACAUAUGCAGAUCCACAGUACAUGUUGGCACAAGGCAGAUACCUUACCCAAUUUUGAUUGAGAGUUCUUACAUUAUCUUAAUAUGAUGUUUAGUUAACUUUGGUAAUCCUAAAAUUCUAUAUGGAGGAGAAUGUCUUACAAAAGUAACUUUGUAUAAAAUGGAGGAGAAGAAAGUAGAUUGGGAAGACCCAUCCUGGGUCAAAUUAAAGGCCUCUCCUGUUUUUAUUUUAAACAAUUCAACAUUAAAAGGCAGAAUUAGUGCCAUUUAGAAUUUAGAACCUUUUAGAAUUUGUCUAAAGUCCCAACUAUUUAUAGUUGUGAAUCUCAUAAUUUUUUCUGCCUUCUUUGUUAUACUUGAUUUUUUUCUGAUUCAACUUCAGUUCAUGACCUCAUAUUAAGAAAAGAUUUGGUACAGUAAUCAGAAGUGGUAGACAAAAUUUGGCAAUUUAAUUCAUUUUGUAAUAUGUCCAGCAUGGAAUUUGCUUUUUCAAAGUAGUUGUCCUUUUUUAUUUGACAUAUCCAUUUCAAUCCCAAAAGUUAAUUAUUCCCAAUUUACAUGAUGCGGUAAUUAUUUCAAGGCACUUCCUAAGUUACAUGAGUGUGUGUUUUGAGUCCUUGAAUUGAAUACAAGUUCAUCAGUUUUUGAGAAAUUAGUAAUUAAUAUGGGAAAACAGAAGAUACGAAAUUAAAGUUGGCUUGUUUGCAAUAUAAAAGAAAGUUUGACCAUGUGGCAAGGAGAUUAAAUACUUGUAAUCUUGGUUGAUAAUUUUUGCAUUUCAAUAAUCCUGCUUUACGCUGGUAUUUGAAAUACUACUUCCUUGUGUAUUCUAUGGUAAUGCCUUUGAAUAGUUCUAAAUUCUGGAAUUUUUUAAAAUAAUUUUAACGUUACAGUUAACAGUUUUAAACUUGUGACUCCUGACCAGAGAAGGUGCAAUUUGUAAUGCAUGAUGGUAUUAUCUUAAGAAUGUAAGAAAAGAGCACUGUAAAGUUUAAGGCCUAACUUGCCCAUCAUUCUAUAGCACGGGUGUCAAAACUCGAUUACGUGAUGCAUUGUGACAUAUUGCAAUUUUUUUGCCUUUGUAGAGCUGGUGUGUGUGUGUGACUUAUCUGGCUCCUGGGACGCCAGUUUGACACCCUGUUCUAUAGGAACCAAUUAGAUGAUUGUAUCAGUCUGUAAGCAGGAUAGAACAAUUGCCUUUUGCUAUAUUCCCUAUUGUCUAAUCAUUUAGAGCUGUGCUUUAGUAACAUGGUUAGUAACUGUUAAUCUUGUUUGUAAUCAUUUUGUCUGAUCCUUUUUAAAGCCAUUUAAAUUGCUGGAUAAAAGGAUGUUAAUUGAUCAUGGUAGUGUGUUCCAUGGUAACUGGGGGUGGGUUGGGGUGAAAAACCGUACCUUUCAUAUUUGGCCUUUGAUUCAGAUAUGUUGAGAGAGAAGUAAAUGAUGAAGUUUCUUCAAGGAUAAAGAAUCAAAUUGUGUACAUGUUGUGAGAAAAGAUGUUUUUGAAAACAAGCUAAAAUUUGAAAAUUCACCUCAUAAAGCUGCAUUAUAUAAGUGUUACUAGUUUCUGUUGAAGUUCUAAAAAGCAACAGUUUACACCAGGUUUACUUGCUUUGAACAGGAGAAGUAGAGAUAUUAUUUUGCUGACUCUUAUUUUAAAAAGCUGCUUUUAUUGAAUAUCCAAUUAAGGUCAGAAUUUCCUAGGAGCUCUGAGCAGUUUCUUCCUAGUUAAAUGGAUGGGAACUAUAAAGAGAGCUAGUUACUCAACUUUUCCCAACCUCACAGCUUCUAACUAGAAUUUUGUUGCAACAGUAUAUGUAUGAGACAACAACAGAGACAUCCUACAUUUUUUGGAUUGCAGUUGAUUAUAAAUCAGUAAUCUAGGUAGUAAUAAUACCUUCUAGUAGAGUGAUAAGAACUCAUUUGCAGUUUUUCUAAAAUGUUUGGAAUCUCGUUAAGAAGCCUCCCCCUUUUUUUUAACUGCUCAAGCCAUUUAUAUAUCAUUAGGUGCCGGAAAAAAACAUUUUUCUCAUGUAUUUUGAAUUGUGGGCAGCAGAAAUUAUUAUGUGACUUUGCAUGCAAUUUCAACAAUUAUUGCCAUCAGAAUAUAUGUAGUAUUCUUGUAGCAAAUGUAUAGUUUUGGAUUGUAUUACAGCAAUAAGUUAAUAUCUGAUUUUCCCUUAUUUCUCUGCUGAGACAAAUGUAUUAAAUGCUAUUGCAACACUCUUGUCUUCUCUGUUAUAUUUUAGACGUCCCUUCUGGCAAUUUGGGGCUGUGUAUACACAAUUUGGUUUUUUCACUCUUUGUCUUUUCAUUGGUAUGGUAGCUUUUGUUUAAACUUUGUGUAGCUGUAAUCAAUGUUAAAUUUAGGCCUAUAAAUGUGAAAGUAAGUUGCUUUACAAUAAACCAGUAAUUAUUGUCUUUCCAUGAUAAUACAGAAUAGAAUAGAAUACUUUAUUUGGCCAAGUGUGAUUAGAUGCACAAAGCAUUUGUCUCCAGUGCAGAAGCUCUCUGUAACUGCAAAGCAACAGGAUAAUAAUAAUCAUAAUAAUCAUACCAAUAAGAGGGGUAAUAAAGAAGAUAAGAGGAAUAAUAGUAAUACUAUAGCCAUACAACAAGCCAUACAUAUACAUUAGACAUAUAUAAGAAUACAACUGAAUAUAUGUUCAGAUUUAAUCCAAAUCACACUGUUUAAGUUACUAUUUGCUUUGAGUAAAAUAGAUACUUUCAUUCCUUUUUGUACUGUGCAAUAGAAUCUCUCUUAGACAUCUUUAUCAGAGCUGAGGCAAUUAUCCACGCAAUUGCACCUAUGCUGAAGUUUUUAUUUAAUUUAUUUCAUGGUUAUCAAAAGUGUACUAGGCACUUCCUCUCUAGAUAUUAGUUUAGUUUGCUAAACAAUUGAAUUAACUAAAUUGUAGAUCAAUUUAGUUAAUUCAAUCACAUGCAACAAUAUUGCUGCAUCUGAUUGAAUUACAGCCUGCUUAAAAGACCAAAGUGUAU